UCCGAGCCCGUAAACUCUGUGAACGAGCUUGAAGACGAGGAACUGGACGAACAGCAGCCGCAACAGUCCGGCGAAUACUACGUAGCCCUGCCCGACGGCCGCCUGCAACGGAUCCGUUACGUCAGCCGUCAGAACAUCGAGGCGAUGAAAUACUUCGCGAAAAUCCGUGCCGAAAAUGUGGAACCUCUCCGAGGACCGAUCUACGCUUACGCGCCCCUGCAGAAGCUGCAGAUCCUCCCAGCUGGUCUUCAAGUGUCCGUCGCUCCCGCGACGACGGCCGUCGAGUCGAAACCGCAGAAACUCGAAAUACAGCCGGUCGCUACCCAAGUCCAAUACCAGAUCGACAAUCCCGCGGGAGUCCUCCCGUUGUCCCCCGCCCCGGUUGGAUCUUCCUACGCCACGUAUACUAGCAACUAUCAGGUGCCUGCUGGCGAUUCUAGAUACAUCCUCGCUUUGCAGUAAAUUUAAUUUUAAACAGCUGUAUUUAAGUAUGAUUGUAUUAUAAUUUGUAACUUGACGUGGUCCGAGGUGGGUCCUGAAUAUUUAGACUAAUUCUCAGUAGAAUUGUAAAUGUUGUGACGAUUCUAAGCUGCGAGUGAUUAAUAAAAUAUUUUGUCGAGCAA